AUGCAUCGAGGCACCUCCGUCCAGCUGUCGUCAAGCCAACAGGCUGGCAACCAGACGAGUGGCCAGGCCUUGCGUGUGCACCAUUUGUCAACUGGACCGCCGGGCUCGCAGGUGCGAGUGUCCGGUCACGGCCAAUCGCGAGAGCUCAACAGUCCGGGACUCGGAGCCGGGUUCGCUGGUGGGCCAACCGGGUUUCAGGCCUUCUCCCCUCGGCUCAUGAGUCCCGGCCCGAUUGGCCAGAGCUCAGAACGCGGGCAACUGGGCAACGCGAGGGGCCUAAGCGGCGGUACCAGCAAUCUGGGCCUCCAGACGGCCUCGAGCGGAUUCGGCGCCCUCGCCUCCAACUCGUCCAUCCUCAGCGUGAACACAGCGCAUCCAGUCCAGACCGAGCUCGGCCAGCCGGGCGACAUCGAGGCCUUCUCGGGACUCGGAGCCGGAGGCAAGCACGCCAACGGGAUGACCACGGGACCGAGUGACAUCCUAUCACUGACCGGAAGCAGCCAGACAGCCAUCGGCAUGCCCGGGCCGACCGUGCUGGCUGGUCAGCCGAACGGACCGUCUCGGCUGGCCGGAAGCGGAAACGGCCCACAUCUGGUACCGGCCAAAGAUGUCUCGUGA